AUGGCGGCCGUGGCGCCCCUCAUGAGCAAUGCGCGCAACUCGCCUGCCUCGAUGGACUACUCCAACUCGAAUGACUCCAUUGCCGCACCACCGCCCCCUCCCACAGCUGCACCAGCACCGGCAAAGGGCAAGGCGAAGGGCAAGAAAGGCGCCGCGAGCACUAGCAAUGAUCCGGCCGACGCCCACAAGGCCCUUCUCUCUAAAAUCUCCCAGCUCGAAGCCAGCAGUACGGAAAAUGCCCAGCAGGAAGCCGAGAUCGAGGCGGAAGUGAAAAAGGCGAACCGCGAACUCUCUCAACUUCUCAGUACCCUCGAGCCGCACAACAGCAAGAUCGAUAUCGUACAGCGACGCUACACCGAGCUGCUCAGCGACAUGAAGAAGGUGGAGCGUGACCACAUGAAGGCCAAGAAACGCGGUGACCAGUUGCAGAAAGAGAAGGAGGAGGUGAGUAAAGACCGGACGAGGGAGAAAGGGCUAAAGGAGAAGCUGGAGAAGCUGAGUCGUGAGUUGACGAGAGAGAACAAGAAGCUGAAGGAGGAUCUGCGAGAUAUGAAGGAGAACAGUGCCGAUCGGAACGAGGAGCUACAUCGGAAACUCGAGAAUCUGGUCCUCGAUGUGGAGGAAGUGGUGUCGCCACGGCAAGCGCAACAUGACCGGCAAGGCGUAGAACUGGAGCAGGAUCGGAUGUUUCGGGAGAAGUUCACGAGUUUCCUGCAACAGUACGAGCUUCGGGAACUGCAAUUCCAGUCUCUGCUUCGUAUGAAGGAUCUAGAGAUCGCAUACCAGACCGCGCGGCAUGAUCAGCUUAAGAAGGCGCAGGAGAGCGAGCUGUCUAAGAGCCACCAGCUCACGCGGCAAGUGAGUACUUUCAGCCAGACGGAAAACGAGCUUAGGGGCCAGUUGAAUGUCUAUGUCGAGAAGUUUAAGCAGGUCGAAGACACACUUAACAACAGCAACGAUCUGUUCCUGACUUUCCGCAAAGAAAUGGAGGAGAUGAGCAAGAAGACGAAGCGGCUGGAGAAGGAGAAUCUCAAUCUGACGCGGAAGCAGGAGGCGACGAAUAAGAAUAUCUUUCAGAUGGCGGAGGAGAGGAGUCAGAGCCAGCAGGCGAUUGACAAGCUCAGUCGCGAGAACGAGAAGCUGAAGAAGCUGUGUCGGGCUAUGCAGAGUGGUGGGUAUGGCAGCGCAGGUGGCGUGGCGGGAGCGCAGCAGGGUGUCCCGGUCGGCGGACAGCAGGGUGGUGUGGGCGUCGGUGCCUCCGUGGACGAGGAGUUCGGCGACGAAGGCACGGAAAGCGAGUACGAGGAGGACGAGGAAGAAUACGAGGAGGAUGAAGAGGGCGAGGAGUACGAGGAUGAAGACACGGAGGAGGAGGAAGAAGUCGGGGAGGAGAUCGGUGUCUUGCCCAGGACGUUUGGCCCGCCGCCUCCGCCGCCGCCUCAGCAGGUUCCUGCUACCACCGGGAAGGAAGGGUUGGUGAAUGGGAAUUCCGCGGCGCCUUCUUCUAGGGGGAGAGGGGCGAAUGGGGUGCCGGUUGUCAAUGGGACCGGGGGGAGACAUUGA